AUGGUAGAAACCUUCAUCAUGCAAACCACUUUUGAAGAUCAUAAACAUUCUGCUUCUCAACACCACAAAGGUGAAGACCAUAACAUUACAAAAAAAGAAUCAGAAAGAUUAUCAAAGAAUGAAGAAAGACGUGAAUUAGGUCAACCAACUGAAGGUGGAUCUGCUGGUAGAGCUCAAGUGGCUAGUAAAGAUCCUCAAGACUUUGACACCAAACGUGGUGGACAGGGUGAUCAUCUACCUAACACGAACCCUAUCAUUUAA